UGGACGUAGAACCUGAGUGGGAUGUGUCCAAACUCGCACACCACAUGGCGCGGACCAGAAUGGGAGGCAUGGAAACCGCGACUGAAGACGCCAAAGGUGUUAAGGCUAGCACACUUAUUAUAGUGUUCGGUAGGCUAGUAGAGUCAGCGUUAAGUAGGCCAGUGCAGUCAGUGUUAAUAGGCUAGUACAACAGCGAGUCCAUCUCCUUAUGCGUAGCGUAUCUUGAUCUUUUAGCAGUUGUUUUCCACAACUCUUCUGAAGUGGCUCGCUACGUAAAGAACAGCGUCUACGUUCGCCGUGUGCAGGUGAUUAUCUCGUCUAAGCCCCAGCACACUGAGCAGCAGGCAGGCGUGAGAAUCCCCGUUGCGGUGGUUUUAGGGCACGUGGAUGAGGGAAAAACGACUUUUUUGGAUCGAGUGCGUGGCACCAACGUG